UUCAACCUGUAUCCUUUCCUCCCCAUCAUUCCAAGACACACUAGCUGCCACUCUAGUGAGGGUGGCCUCUCCCCUCCUGCCUGAAGCUGUAUCACAGAUACUUUCCUGAUCUGAUGUGACACUGGUCCCAUGUUGAUAGGUCUGUGCACAUUUUAGUCCUGGCUGUAAGCCUUUUCUCAACCAGUGGGGAUACGUUUGGGUGAUAAGGGUGAGAUUUGGCUGUAUGACUUGCAUCUCUAAUCAUGUACAACAAGGAAGAGAGGUGGGGCUCAUGCGCAAUACAGCAUUGGGGGAGGAAUUGCUUACAUAACUGAGACAGCAGAUUUAGUGGAAGGAGAGAGGAGGCACAGACUGGGGAUGGGAACAGUGAACUGUCGGCAGGGGCAACAUGCCCAGAUGGCUGCUCCUCGUAAGGUAGGCUGUGGCAGUCUGUUUAGAGGAGGCAUGGGCUUGAGGCCUGGGAACUUACUGGUGAUGUCUGCUGUGGGAGUGGGGCAAAGAGGUUAUACCAUGAAAGUAUCCCAGCCCCAUAUGGAGAGGCACAGGCUUAAUCUCUGAUGCCUGAUGGGGAAUAUGUCCAAAUACUGCUUUCCUAGAGAAUUCUCCUGUAUCCAGGAAAUCUAAGCCUUGGUCCAAAGCAAGAGCAAUGGCAGUUUUGCCUGGGGCUCAAAAUUACAUCUCUAGGGUUGAGAUUUGAGGGAGAGUCUGCUAAAAUGGGCAGAACCUGGAAUGCCUCAGGGGGCAGAAGGUUUAGUGGCUUCCUUGGUUCUCAGCAGGGUGGCAACAUCCAGGGCCCCUGGGUCCGAGGCUGGAAGAGCCUCUGGCCAGGUGUGGGGACCACCAGGUCAGGUCUGGAAGAGCUGUGGGGACUACGAGGGCAUCGGUGCCUGCACCAGGAGCCCCUGGGGCCAGCCCCGCUACUAGUAGAGAAGCCUCUGCCUGAGUGGCCAGUGCCUCAGUUCAUCAACCUCUUUCUGCCAGAGUUUCCUAUGAGGCCUCUUAGGGGGCAUCAGCAGCUGAAGAUUUUAGGCCUUGUGGCUAAAGGCUCCUUUGGAACAGUCCUCAAGGUGCUAGAUUGUGAUCAGAAAGCAGUAUUUGCAGUGAAGGUGGUGGCCAAGGCAAAGGUCCUGCAGAGGGACAUCCUGAGGCAGUGCAAAGAGGAAGUUAGCAUCCAGCGACAGAUCAACCACCCUUUUGUACACAGUUUCGGGGACAGCUGGCAGGGAAAACGGCACCUCUUCCUUAUGUGCAGUUACUGCAGCACAGAUCUGUACUCCCUGUGGUCCACUGUUGGCUGCUUUGCUGAGGCUUCCAUCCGCCUCUUUGCUGCUGAGCUGAUCCUGGUGCUGUGCUAUCUCCAUGACUUGGGUAUCAUCCAUCGAGAUGUGAAGAUGGAGAAUAUCCUUUUGGAUGAACGAGGCCAUCUGAAACUGACAGACUUUGGUCUGUCUCGCCACCUGCCCCAGGGAGCCCGAGCCUAUACUAUCUGUGGCAGUCUUCAAUACAUGGCCCCAGAGGUCCUGAGUGGAGGGCCUUACAACCAUGCCGCUGAUUGGUGGUCCCUGGGUGUCUUGCUUUUCUCUCUGGCAACUGGAAAGUUCCCAGUACCCGCAGAGAGAGAUCAUGUGGCCAUGUUGGCAAGUGUGACCCACUGUGACUCUGAGAUCCCAGCUUCUCUUAACCAGGGGCUCUCUCUCCUGCUUCAUGAGCUCUUAUGCCAGAAUCCCCUCCACCGUCUACGUUAUUUGCAUCACUUUCAGGUCCACCCUUUCUUUCGGGGUGUGGCCUUUGACCCAGAGCUCCUACAGAAGCAUCCAGUGAACUUGGUCUUGGAGACACAAGCUACCCAGUCCAGUCCAUCAUCAGAGUCCAUAUUCUUCAAGGACUUUGAAUGUAACCUGGAGUCCUACCUGGUCCACCCCAACCUUGCUUGAGCUCCUCUACAAUAGGUUUGGGUCUAUCUGGAAACCUGAGGACAUCCUCCACUGCCAACUCAGUAUGACCAUCUUUGAUGAUCCAGUUUUUCUUUUCUUUUUUUUUUCUUUUUUUGCUGCAUCCAUGGCAUAUGGAAGUUUCUGGGCCAUGGAUUGAAUCUAAGCUGCAGCUGAGACCUAUGCCAUAGCUGUGGCAAUGCCGGAUCCUUAACCCACUGCAGCAGGAACUUGAAGUUUGUUUUUACUUUGUAGCCUCUUAUCAUUUCUGUUCUGUAGCUGCUGGACCAGAGUUCAGACUGGGCAUUCUGCUACUGGCAGCCAUAAUGCCCUGGUCCUUACCGUAUCAUACAACCCAUCUCUCAAUUCAACAUUUUAGAGUGUGGACCUUUCCUUUGCUUCAUUUCUCCAGCAUUUAUACCUUGCAGUUUUUAGCCACAAGUUUAUUCCACUUUUCCUUCCCCUUGUUUCUGUACCAUGUUUCCUUUCGUGAGCAAUAACAAUACUUAUGGGUUCCCAAGGUGCUAUUUAUGUGUUUAAUAGGCUUGUCAUAAGCAGUAUGAAUGUUUUUCAGAGGUCUCAAAAUCUGGCAUUUAAUUCAUCCCCUAAAUAUACAGGUAAAACAUAUGAUCUGGAGACUUAGCGCCAGUCUAAUUUUUUUUUUUCUUUUUAUGGCUGCACCUGAGGCAAAUAGAAGUU